ACAAUGGCGUCGGCGGAGCCUGUUGUGCUGCCUGGAGGGUGGAAGCGGCUCCUGGGAGAUGAGAGACAAGGGAGAAAAUAACAAGACCAAAGUUUUGAGCUGGAAAAAAUAGAGUAUAUGGAACUGAAGCAAACAUUACCUAAGAAGUCAAGGGGGAUAAGAUCCAAAUAAAGAAAAAGUGGAAAUAACUGGAAGUCAGUGGAAACGAAAAGGUUCCUUGGACAGCCAAAAUGGACAGGUAUCAAUGAAUGUCUUUCACGAAGGAAAGGCUGGCUUGAAUCAAAAACCUCCAAGUAAUAUCAGAAAUAUUUUUGGCCUCCUCAAGAGUCUAAGAAUAUCAGUGUGGGAAAACUCGCCACAGUCUGCCUAUUGUGGAAAAAACACAGAUUGCAGAUGACAGUUGAUUAUGGACGAGAGGAUCCACCCAGUGAAAACCCAUACAAAUAUUUGGAGUGUGAUGAAACCUUUACUCAAAAAACCUUCCUCGUAAUUCAUGGAAGCACCCAUACUGAAGAGAAGCUCAACCAGUGCUCUCAAUGUGGCAAAAAAUUUAGCAUGCAGACCAAUCUGGUGAGACACAAGAGGACUCACACUGGGGACAAACUCUUUGAAUGUCCGUCUUGUGCGAAAAGUUUCACUAGGAAUUCUGACCUGGUGAUACACAAAAGGACUCACACAGGAGAAAAAUCAUAUAAAUGUUCAGAUUGUGGGAAAAGAUUCAGUCAGAAUUCCCACCUAGGGGUUCAUCAGAGAACUCAUUCAGGAAAGAAACCAUAUGAGUGUCCAGAAUGUGGGAAAGGUUUCAGUCAGAAUUCCAACCUGGUGAUUCACCAGAGGACUCACACGGGAGAGAAACCAUUUGAGUGUCCAGAUUGUGGGAAAAGUUUCAGUCAGAAUUCCCACCUGGUGAUUCAUCAGAGGACUCAUUCAGGAAAGAAACCAUAUAAGUGCUGUGAUUGUGGGAAAAGUUUCUCUCAGAAUUCAAGCCUGGUGGUACACCAUAGGACUCACACAGGAGAGAAACCAUACAAGUGUCCGGAUUGUGAGAAAAGUUUCAGUCUCAAUUCCAACCUGGUGAUUCACCAGAGGACUCAUACGGGAGAGAAACCAUAUGAGUGUCCAGAAUGUGGGAAAAGAUUCAGUCAGAUUUCCCACCUGGUGAGACAUCGGAGGACACACACUGUAGAAAAACCAUAUGAGUGUUCGUAUUGUGGGAAAAGUUUCCAAGAUAAUUCCAACCUGGUGAUUCACCAGAGGACUCAUACAGGAGAGAAACCAUAUGAGUGUCCAGAAUGUGGGAAAAGUUUCAGUCAGAAUUCCAACCUGGUGAUUCACCAGAGGACUCAUACAGGAGAGAGACCAUACGAGUGUCCAGAUUGUGGGAAAAGUUUCAGUCAGAAUUCCCACGUGGUGAGACAUCAGAGGAUUCAUACAGUAGAAAAACCAUAUAAGUGUUCGGAUUGUGGGAAAAGUUUCCAGGAUAAUUCCAACCUGUUGAUUCACCAGAGGACUCAUAUGGGAGAGAAACCAUAUGAGUGUCCAGAUUGUGGGAAAUGUUUCAGUCAGAAUACCCAUCUGGUGAGACAUCGGAUGACUCACACUGUAGAAAAACCAUAUAAAUGUUCAGAUUGUGGGAAAAGUUUCCAGGAUAAUUUCAACCUGGUGAUUCACCAGAGGACUCAUACAGGAGAGAAACCAUAUGAGUGUCCAGAUUGUGGGAAAAGUUUCAGUCGGAAUUCCCACCUGGUGAGACAUCGGAGGACUCACACAGGAGAUAAACCAUAUGAGUGUUUGGAUUGUGGGAAAAGUUUCCAGGAUAAUUCCAACCUGGUGAUUCAUCAGAGGACUCAUACAGGAGAGAAACCAUAUGAGUGUCCAGAUUGUAGGAAAUGUUUCAGUCAGAAUUCCCAUCUAGUGGAACAUCAUAGGACUCACACAGGAGAAAAACCAUAUGAGUGUCUUGAAUGUGGGAAAUGUUUCAAUCAGAAUUCCCAUUUGGUGAUACACUGGAGGACUCACACAGGAGAGAAACCCUAUGAGUGUCCGGAUUGUGGGAAAGAUUUCAGUACUAGGUCUAGCCUUAUAAAUCAUGUAAGAUUACACAUAGGGGAGUAACCAUUCAAAUACUCAGAUUGUCGACGAAAAUUGUUUUGCACAAAAUUCCUCCUUUAUCACACACAAGAAAUUGCACUUGAGUCAAAAUUUGAUGUGUGUAGAAGAAACGUGUCUCUCAUUUGAAUCCCAGCUGAGCAAUUUACCAUUUAAUUUCUCUUAUGAUUCUUUUUGGAAUAGAAUGGAAUUUCUGAAUUUUAAACAUGUGACAAUGGGGAUGCUGCAAUGGUUAUGAUAAAAAUGGUCAUUUUUUUCCAGUGCUGUUGUAACUUCAAAUGGUCGCUAAAUGAAAUGUUAUAA